GUGUGUGAGGCGGAUUGAUCGCAUGACAGAUUUCUUUAUUAAUCACUUGUGCAAAAGCGGAGCUAGUUACACGCAUGCAACAGGAUUCAAGAUGUAUUUCCCGACUUUAAUCUCUAGUCAGUCACCAAAUAAUGAUGAUAGAGACAGAAGCAGAGAGCGUGAUCGUAAUCGGAGAUCAGAUAGACCAAAUCGUAUGAAUUCUGCCAGCCGUGAUCGCAGCAGAGACAGAAAUGAUCGCAGAAAAGCUUGUGACAGAAGAAUCUAUGUAUCAAAUAUUCCUUAUGAUUUUCGUUGGCAAGAUCUUAAAGAUCUGUUCAGAACUGAGGUUGGCAAGGUAGCUCAUGUAGAGCUUUUCACAGAUGAAAAUGAUAAACCCAGAGGAUGUGGCAUAGUGGAAUUUGAAGACUCAGAUUCAGUGAAGAUAGCAGUGGAAAAGAUGCAUCGAUAUGAUAUCAAAGGGAGAAAGCUUGUUGUCAAAGAGGAUUUUGAUGUAGAACGCGAUAAGUAUGGUCGUUUGACCACAGGUCGUAAUAACGAUAGAAAUCGAGAUGACAGAUUCAGAGAUCCUCCUAGGCCGCAGGGCGGUGGAAGACAAAAUAUGUCCGCACCCAGUAGUGCAGGAGGCGGUGGCGGCGGAGGCGGUGGUGGUGGCGGCGGCGGCGGCGGUGGUGGUGGCGGUGGUGGCGGUGGUGGUGGUGGCGGCGGCGGUGAUAAUAAGUUUGGAAAUACCUACGGUCUCAGUACACAGUUCUUGGAAUCUUUAGGUAUCAAUGGUCCUUUGGUCACGAGAGUUUUUGUUGCAAAUUUGGAUUAUAAAGUUGAUGAAAAGAAGUUGCUCGAAGUUUUUAAGUUGGCUGGAAAAGUAUUGCAUGUUGAAUUGGGAAAAGAUAAGGAUGGUAAAUCAAGAGGUUUCGGCGUCGUGGAAUAUGAUCAUCCAGUUGAGUCGGUACAGGCUAUUUCAAUGCUUCACAAUCAACAGUUAUACGACAGACGUAUGACUGUUAGACUUGACAGAGCCAAUGAACCUGACAUGCCACCCAAAUUGCCAGAAGGUUUAAAGGGAAUCGGCAUGGGACUCGGCGCUGGUGGUAACAGAUUGUUAGAUGUGGCCAGAAACAUUCCCAAUGUACAAGCAAAUAAUCCACCGGUGGUGAAUCCAAUUUCAGCGCCCGUCUUAGCCGCUGGCGCUUUUGGCGCCGGUUUAAACAACGUUGUGCCUGCGCAAUUAGCGUCAGCACUGUCGAACACUAAUGCUGCGGCUCUACAAGCCAGCCUCGCCGGUGCCGGUUUGGGUGCCAAUCUGACUACUAGCUCAUUGCUGAAUUCUUCAUUGACGAACGAAUUGGCGUCAAACUUGAAUAACUUUGGCGGCGGCGUCGGUGGUUUAAGUAGCCUGCAGGCGUCUCUGGCCGGUGGUCAGGGAAACAAUUCAUUCGCGCCGCGUGGAUUAUCCAAAUUGGACAACGACAUAGGAUUCGGCAGUAACAACGCCUUUGGCGGUUCUAACUUCGGCGGCAGCAGCAGAGAUUUCGACGGCGGAUUUAACAGAGGCGAUGGCGAUCGUGUUUCUGGCGGCGGUGGCGGCGGUUUCUCUGGGAAUCAAGGCCAAAGUGGCGGCAGCAACCGACAGAACUCAAACGGCUCACGACCGAUACCAUCCGACACCAUCCUCAUCGGCAAUUUACCUCCUAAUACGACUUGGCAGAUGCUGCGCGACAAGUUCCAGGACGCCGGAGAGGUAAAAUUCGCAGAAAUGCGAGGUGCCGAAAUGGGCAUGGUACGAUUUGCAUCUGAAUGGGAUGCUGAACGUGCUGUGACGAUGAUGAAUCGAUCGCGCAUCGACGGCAGAACCAUCGACGUGCGCUUAUAUUAAGAGCCGUGAGACACCUGGGAGGGAUUCAAGGUCAUCCGAUCGAGUGUCAUCCGCUCCGAUGUGACGACGUCAGGUAAGUUUUUAAUAGCCGACGGACAGUCAUCUUACGCAAAUGUUGUUCUUCCAGGGAAAUCUAUUCACGACCGGCGUCGAGAGUUUUACGAAAAUGGUGAUUUGCGCAGAGUAAAGAGACCGAGUCGUACACUUUCAAUCGCAUCUGUAUUUUUUAACUUCGUCUAUCUUUUACAAUAUAAAAUGGCCUUCGAAUUGAGUGUAAAGAUACUAUCAUCGUAUGGCGAUGGUGUGAUUAGAUGGGUGUAUUCAAACGAAACGUGUGAAGCGUGUAUAAAAUUGCGCAAUACGGGGCCUUUUCGUAAAAAAAACUAGUUUUAAAUGGUGCAAAUUGAAGUGCGUUCCGCGUUUGACGCACAUAAUUUAAUACCUCUCGAAAGAAGAAAGUACUUUAAGUAUCAUGCCCAUUUUAUUUGUUGUAUAUACUUGUAUAUAAUUAUGUAGAGAGCGACGCGUUUCUACGGUCUAUGUGUGUAUGGAUUAUCACAUUUGAAAUAAAGACAUGAAAGUGCAAAGAUUUGUGAUUUAUGCGAAUGAAUGCGUGUCAAUCCCGGCCGUUGUGUUGCAUUAUUGAAACAUCAAUGGAUCGAUAAAAUGGAUCACGGAAUUCGCGUUUCGAUUAUGUAUCAAAACAGAAGAUCAACACAACGUAUCGCAGUUUUCGUAUUCGUUUAUUUAGAAUAGACACAUAUAAGUGUAAAAUUUCACUAUUUACUAUUUAUCAGUAUCAGAAAACUUUUAUUACAAAUCCAAAUGUUCUCUUUAUUUAUACAGCAAGGUAAAAAGUUAUUUCUCUAAGGUUACACACUUGAAUUCGACAUACAUUUAUGUUAUCUCUAAGCGCUAUCAGAAUCAUUUCACAAAAUGAAGGAAA